GUUACAAUAGUUACCACAAACACACCGGCUGAAAGCAAUUUCGUGUAGUGAGUGAGAGAGCGUCUACUAACGUCCGCGAGCAAGUGAGCGUUACCGCGUAACGGAACGACGUAACGUCCGUAAAACGCCCGUUACAGCGCUGUCCUUUUGCCGUUAUUACUUCGCCUGCUGCCGUUGUUUGCAGUGCAGCAGCAGCUCUGCUUUUGGGAGGGUGCAACCAGUGCACCGAAGGGCAGGGAAAGCGAUGAGGAGAAGGGGACGCUGAACGGUACCGACCUUGAACUAUAUACUUGCGCAGUGUCCGUGUACCGUGCGCCACGUCCUUCAUCCCUGUUUGUGCGGUUGUGUUUGUGUGUGUGUGUGGGGUGCAGUAAAGUGCAACACACACACACACGCGCGUGCAGCUGCACCUGACCGUGGCCCAAUUGGCCACGGGAGCAUCGAAAACCAACGGGACGGGCAACAGUGUCUCGGCCUGUAACGAGUGUCCUGUGCAUGUGUGUGAGUGUGUGUGUUGAUGUACCGGGACCAGAUUUAGUUAUGCUUCCGUUGCACACGUUGCUCUCUCUCUCUCGCUCCCUCUUUAUCAAAGAAGUUGUCCAUCGUGUUGUAACGAAUGCAUUUUCCGUGUGUGCGUGUGUGCGUUUGCAAAUCGGGUGCGCUGGCAGAAAGUGGCCAUCGCGAACCGUCCGAUGGCUUGGUAACUUCUGCGUGGUGUCUUCUCCUCCCCAACCUCCCACCCCCACACAACAAAACAGGAAGCAGUGUUGAGCGAAAAUCGCUUGCCAGCUGGAGCAGAGAGGCAAUGCUGCAAUGUAAUGAAAAUCGGAACAACACGAAUGCAUGCAACCUUAGCGGUCGGGUUUUUGGGGACACAGUGCGAUGUGCGAUUCGCUCCAAAGCGGCAGAUGGAGAGUUUGUAGUGUCCUAAUUGCCACGAAUUGCAUCCCAGUCCUAGUCGCCGCAAUCUCCUGUAGCUGCUGCACCUGCGGGAACCAAAGUGUACCAAAGUGUGUCCGUCGUCGUCCAAGUGUGUCGUACCAAAAGCGGAGUGUGUGAAUGUAAAAGUGCCGUGCGCGUGUGUUUCGGGCGAUUUGAAAAGUUCGUUUUCAAAAGAAGAAAAAAAGUACAACACCAAAAAAAGAAGAAGUGUAAAAUUUUGCUCUGGUGGCACAAACUCGGAGAAAGAAGAAUUACCGCGAGGAUGCACGAGGAAGCCACCUCAACGGCUAGCUCGUCCACGACCUCCCCGCCGGAAACGUCCUCGCCCUCGAACAUUGUGUACCCGAACGGUGAGCCCAUGCUGCUGUCCACCUCGCCCACACCCGGCCCGGGUGUGGCUUCCUCCUCGUCCUCCUCCGCCUCCUCCUCCUCCUCCUCUACGUCGUCAUCCACAUCCGGCACCGCUAACCUGUACGAGGCGGUGGACCAGCAGGAGCUGCUACUCUCCAACAGUCAUCACAGUGCGGCCUUCCACGGCCAUCAGCAUCAAAUUCAGCAGCACCAGCAAAUGCACCACCAGCAACAUUCCCAGCAAGCGUUACAGCACGUAACGCCCAACCUAACGGCAGUGGGUACCAAAAUUAUCGUUAGCGGAGGUGUGCAUCAUACCAUGCAGCAGCAGCAGCAUCAUCUUUCGCACGAACAUCAGACGCAUCAUCAACAUCAAACGCAACAUCACAGCCAUCACAACCACCUGCAGCAGCAGCAGCACCACCACCACCAUCCGUUACACCACGUACAGACGCAGCAGCACCAUCAGCCAAGUUCCUCCACGAACGUGAUCGUUCCGGGCACGAGCCACGGCUCGCCACCUCUGCUCGUUCAGGCCAGCUCGAGCGGCGUCUCCGACAUGCUGCUCGGGCAGGAUCCGAUAACGACGACCACCGUGGCGGCGGUGGCGACGACCGGCGCCACCACCCUGCUCGCGCUGUCCCCGGACGACGUGGUCGAAUCGGUCAUCGAUGGGCGGGUCGUGACGGCCACGGAGGAGGACACACUGCUCAGCAGUCUGGCCGGCACGACGACGACCGACGCUGGUGGUGGUGUGGUGGUGGACGAGGUCGAUGAUCACGUCGUCUCGAUGGUCGGUGCCGACGGGACGCUGCUGGGGUGUGGUGACCCACUGCAAGGGGUCACACACCACUCUCACCACCAUCAGCAGCACCAUCUUCAUCAGCAGCAGCAGCAGCAGCCCAGCUCUUCGUCCAGUAUUACGAUCGUCACGGAAGAGUCCAUCCUUCCGCUGGCGGUGACGUCGGCAGCAUCGUCGUGCGUCCUGGCGGCCGUUACUACCCGCCGUUCGCCCGCCUCGUCCACGUCCGGUUCGUCCACACCGGCCGCAUCGUCCUCCGGUGCGGUGCCGAUGUCCUCGGGCGGCACGAUCGGCAGCAGCCCCUCGUCGUCCACCAGCGCCACGACGGCCGUUGCGGUUGCGACCGUCGGGAGCAGUGGUGGGGCGCACGCUGGGGCCGCUUGCGGGUCGUCAUCGGCGUCGUCGGCUGGCAUCGUUAUGUCCGCCCUGUCGGUUCAUAACGAUGCUGCUGCCGCCCACCUGACCGAGGCGAUCGAGAUCAACAUCCCGGAGGAGGACGACGGUUGCAGCUACGGCGAGGAUUCGGACGGCGGCGGUGGCGGUGUUGGCGGGACCACCGGUGGCGGUCCGUACCAUCACGGUGGCAGUGAUGGGGGCAUCGGCGGCAACAGCAACAGUAGCAGCGGCGGCGGCGGCGGCGGCGGAGGCAGCCAAGCGGCCGGCGGCCAAACGGCGGGCGGCGGCGGCUCUUCCUCGGCAGCGGCGGCAGCAGCGGCAGCCUAUCUGGCGAUACCGGCCUCAGAGCUGUGCCCGGUGUGCGGCGACAAGGUGUCCGGCUACCACUACGGGCUGCUAACGUGCGAAUCGUGCAAGGGCUUCUUCAAGCGCACCGUCCAGAACAAGAAGGUCUACACGUGCGUCGCCGAGCGCCAGUGCCACAUCGACAAGACGCAGCGGAAGCGCUGCCCGUACUGCCGCUUCCAGAAGUGUCUCGAGGUCGGCAUGAAGCUGGAAGCCGUGCGAGCCGACAGGAUGCGCGGCGGCCGAAACAAGUUCGGGCCCAUGUACAAGCGGGACCGGGCGCGGAAGCUGCAGAUCAUGCGCCAGCGGCAGCUCGCCCUCCAGGCGCUGCGUGGCUCGAUCGGCGGCGGCGUCGGCAUCGGUACGCUCGGUUCGGACGGCGUUUCGCCCCAAUUGCAGGGUCUCGAUUACCACCAGCCGUACUCGAGCAUGCACAUCAAGCAGGAAAUCCAGAUACCGCAGGUCUCAUCGCUCACGUCAUCGCCGGAUAGCUCGCCGAGCCCGAUCGCGAUCGCACUCGGCCAGGUUAAUCCGCAGACGACGAUAUCGCUCAGCAGCACCGGAGUCGGCGGCAACGGUGGUGGUGGUGGUGGCGGCGGCGGCGGUGGCGGCGGCAACGGUGGUGGCAGCAAUGGGUCCGGUGCCGGCACCGGCAGCUCCAACUCGAACAGCGCCACCAACAUCCAGAACCCACUGUCCGACUCGAAGCUGUGGAUGAGCGCCAACUCGACGACCGCCUCGCCCCACUCGCUCAGCCCGAAGGCGUUCAGCUUCGACUCGAAUCCCACCAGCACGGCCGACUCCGGCAACCCGGCCGACACCCUAAGGGUAUCGCCGAUGAUCCGCGAGUUCGUCCAGUCGAUCGACGAUCGCGAAUGGCAGACGUCGCUGUUCUCGCUGCUCCAGAGCCAGUCCUACAAUCAGUGCGAGGUCGACCUGUUCGAGCUGAUGUGCAAAGUAUUAGACCAAAAUCUGUUCUCCCAGGUCGAUUGGGCGCGAAAUACGAUAUUCUUCAAGGAUUUGAAGGUUGACGAUCAGAUGAAGCUCCUCCAGAACAGCUGGUCGGAUAUGCUGGUGCUCGACCACAUACACCAGCGCCUGCACAACGGGCUGCCGGACGAAACCACCCUGCACAACGGGCAGAAGUUUGAUCUCUUAGGUUUAGGGCUGCUGGGCGUGCCGAGCCUGGCCGAGCACUUUAACGAGCUGCAGAACAAGCUGCAGGAGCUCAAGUUUGACGUCGGCGACUACAUCUGCAUGAAGUUCUUGCUGCUGCUGAAUCCCGAUGUACGGGGGAUCACCAACCGAAAGACGGUCGUCGAGGGCUACGAGAACGUGCAAGCGGCCCUGCUGGACUACACGCUUACCUGCUAUCCGUCGGUGCCUGACAAGUUCAGUAAGUUGCUCAGUAUUAUUCCGGAGAUCCACGGAAUGGCAGCACGGGGCGAGGAGCAUCUGUACAUCAAGCACUGUGCCGGCAGUGCACCCUCCCAAACGCUGCUGAUGGAGAUGCUGCAUGCCAAGCGGAAAUGAAGCUGGCCGGUUGAACCGAAUCCACCACAACCACCAGCACCACCGGCCGCACUGCCACCGGUGCAGCAUCACCACCACCACCACCAUCAUCCGGUCGGUGGUUAUCGUCGUGUAACGCGUGCAGCUGAGGCGGAGGAAUGAACAGCGCGAGUGACCGAAAGAACCAAUUCAAUAGUGGAGCUGAUGCUUGCUUCUUGCUGUCCAUUUCAAUCCACUCCAAAUCACCAACAAGGCAACAUCGCGAGACGCACGUAAGCGCACGUGCACAUCUACACACGCACGCACAAACAAUCGCACACACACACACUCACUCGUGCAAUCACGUCCAGGAUGUUUUUUUUUGUUUUAAUCUCCACAAAAAAGAGGUCACUUGAGGAAGAGGAUGUGUGGUGUAUUUGUGUGUAUACUUAAGCUCAGUUGUUUCCGCUCGCUAGACUUAAAAUUCCGGAAUGGAGGGAACGAGGAAGGCUUUUGCAAGGGCCCUUCCCUUUAGCGUGUGUGUGUGUGUAUGUGUGUCUCGUAUGUUACUUCACUUAUCCACCAUCCUCGUUACUAUCGUUAAUUAAGGUUUAACGUUAUCGAUCUUUAAGGCUCUUUAAGCACACACACACACACGGACACGAAUCGUCGCGAAACAAAUUUUGCUAUUUGUUUAUUGUUUUUUUUUAAAUAUCUUUUAGUUCGUUUUUUUCUUCUCUUAAGUAAACGUGGUAUUAGGGGUUAGUAGUGUUUGUAGUAGCUAGGGAAUAGAAAGCGAUAGAAUACAGCACCCGAACGGUCAAGGAUCGUUAUAGAGUGUAUGUGUGUGUGUGUUUGUAGGUGAUCGUGCGCGUGUAUGUGACAAAAAAGAAAAGAAAACCCCCAAACCUUGACGAACGUACACUAAAAAAAACGGCUACCAGGUGUGAUGAAACAAAUUGUAGAAAUGAUGGUGAUUUAAUGUAAUUACGAGCAUCGGGAAGAACCGGAAUGAAUUUGUGCAAUGAGUGUAGAAGGUCCUUUCAAAACAAAAUGAACAAACCGCCUAACUCUAGAAUACAUUAUGUGACGCACACACACACACACAUACACUCAAUAGAAGAAACCAACAAAAUCACACACACACAUUAACAUGUCGUUACCAAUUGCAUCUCAGCGAAAACUACCAGAAAUGUUUUAUUCUCUAUUUAUUGUGUGUUUGGCAACGGGCGGGUGCACGUGAACGGAGCAGCAUGGGCAGCAAAAGUAAACGGUAGCAGUGAGGGCCCAGGCCAUCCAGGAUGUUGAUUGUUAAACAUUGCAUCGGAAGAGUAGUUUUGUGCGGUCUCUUCACCGGUGGCCAUUCAUUUAAGCGUAUGACCCACUGUAACGAUCGUGCAGCAGUGUAAGUAGCAGCAGUGUAGCCAGGAAGGGAAUCCAAUCGGUGAUAUGUAUAGAGGUUAGAUAGGAAGAAAGAGAUAGAGAGAGAUGGUUAUCUCCAUCAGGAGAGUGGAAAUUAUUUUAAAUCUUCUAACGCAAAUUGGAAUGGGAGAAAGAUGUUGAGGACGAUUUGCCAUUAGGACGCUAAAUUACAAACCACACAUCCCUCUUCAAUGGGGGGAGGCUCCAUAUAGCCACCCUCUUGGCGCACCUGCGUGCUCCGUGUGUGUGUGUGUGUUCUGUGUGUACGUGUGCAUUUGUGCACGUGAAAUCACUACGUUUUUUACGCAAACAAAACAAAUGCAAAAGAAAAGAUCGUUUAAAGCAGCGCGAGGAUAAAUAUAUGUACAGUUUGUUAUAUAUAAGUUUGAGAAGAAGCUAAGAAAAGGAGAAGAGAAAACACACACACACCUACAGUAUGUUUAAAUAUGCAUGCGUAGUGUGGUGGGAAAAGGAUUGUAAAUUUUGUUUAUGUUUUAACACACUUACCCACUACAAACAGCAGAUGCAAAAGAAAAUGGAAAAGAGAGUGGAAACAAAACCCCGGGAGGAUAGGAAAGGCAACCACUUUGCUAAAAAAAUACUAAAUACUAAGUGCGCACACGCACGUGUGUUAAUAGUGAUCUAGAAAAGGAGAGAAAGCGAGUGUGUGUGUGUGUGUGUAUGCGUGUGAAGGGAAUGUUGGGAGGUUUUUAGUAGUGAUAGAAACUAAUAGUGUAGCUGUACUAAAAACGAAGAAGCCGAAGAGAGGGUGAGUAGGAAGAAAAGAAAAACACAACACACAUAAAUAUGCAUACAGCAGCAACAAAACAACACACACACAUAAAAAAGGAAACAAAGGAUCUAAAACUAAGUGUUCACUAAAUGUUAAAGCAAAAAUCAUGAUUACAUUACAAAACAAAACAACAAAAAAAACAAGCAAGAAAGUAGAUAAGGAAAAAAUACGCAGAAUUAGUAAGCGAGGCAAGGUUUAAUAAGAAGCGGGGUUUAGUAGACAGUAACAGUCCGUUUCAUGCGUAUGUUUUGCCGGCUCGGUUUGGUUAAUAGUUUUCGGUUUAUCUUUUUUUCUUUUUUCGAAGAGGGUUUUAAACCACCCACCACCGGAAUGGGGAGUUAUUGGAGAAGCGUGAUGCGUUUUUGUGUAGUGCAAUUUGCAGUGCAACAGGCGCUGCAGCAUCCUGCCUUGUCGCUUUGUGUGUCUCGGAGAGAGUGUUGUUUCUUUUCCUCUCCCGGUUAUUGCGCUUGUGAUUGUGUUUCAUGUUUUAUCAUCAUUGGUGCCAGGUGAUCGACCGGCAUGGCCGAGUUUUUGCUUUGGAAAUUUCCCCCCUUUUCACGCAGCAUACAAUAGGCCGUAAAUGGGAACGGUUUCAACAAACACUGGCAGUGCAGUACAGUAACGGAAACUUUAAUACAAAAAAAAACACACACAGAGAAAUAGAUAACCAUUUAUAAAUGCCUAUUCUACACCAUCGUUGCUGUUACAAACUGAUACAAUAUCUAAAACCACACACGCAUACUGCAAACAAACAAACAAACAAAGCAUACAAAGUAUAUAAAACCACUGUUCUAACUGUUAUGAAAAUAAUGUGUACACCCAACUUACCAUAAUGUGCAAAAACAAAAAAAAAAGCAAACAAACAUCCCCAUGAAACAGAGAGAGUAACUGUUGAUAUUAACUUUUAUUUCUUCCUUGUCUCCACGAGUGAGGAAAAGCGAAAAAUCCAACAUUUAAGAGACAAACAAAAAUAGAACUAACCGAUGUACUAUUUAUAAAUAUAUAAAACUCUCAAAACUUGAAUAGUCAGCAACAGAAUGUUACCGAAUAUUAUCUACAAAACAAACGUAAGAAAACAAAACACAAUGUAAAAUGUAAAGUGCAAGUAAUAGUGUAAUAAUACCCUCCCGCAAAAAUAAUCCACAAAACCCAUUAUUGCGCAAUAGCACAGAUUUUAAACCCGCUUUCGACGUGCAUCACAAACAGCAACUCACACAAGUAGUAUCAGUAAAACUGCGCAACAAGCGGCAGCAGAACAGCAGAAAAUACCUACAAAAAAAAAACAAACAAAAAAAGCCGAAUGAAUCCGUCUAUUUACACAGCAAAAUAAGCCAACUGUAACUAAAAAUGAAAAGCGUGAAUUGAAAAUUUAACAAAUGUAAAAGUAAAAACCACAAACGCAGCAGUGAAUGAUCCAAGAAGAGAAAAAACACGAAAAAAAAUCUUUCAAGAGUUAGCAAGAUAAGCGGGCGUUAUAGAGAGAGAAAGAGAGAAAGAGAUGGAUGCCAAACUCGCGACACAACGCAGAAAAGAAGAAAAAACAAAUAGCGUAGCCGGGAAAAGAGAAGAAGAAAAGGACACAAAAGAGGGGAAAAACAGAAAACCAGCGGUACAGCAAACAAAUUUUCUCUUUACAUUGUAAAUAGUAGCGUGUACGUAUUGUGUUUAAGGGCAUUCUUUACAUUCCAUCUCCUGUUCCUGGCUUUAAAGGGGUGACAACGCGGUCAAAUGUUGCCAUUUAUGUUCUUCUUCUUCUUCUUUACUUUUUCUCGCUCUUGUGUUCUGUUCUAUGUUCUAUUUUCUGUUUUGCUAUCUGAUCUACUACUUUUUACUACUACUUCUACUACUACUACUACUACUCCUGCUCUGUUUCCUGCACUCAUACAGCGCUUGUCUCAUGAUGUGUGCGGCGUCUUUUUUAGAUAUGGUUCAAUAAUAUAUAUAUAUUAUCUUGCUAUUGUUAAA